CCGGACUGCGCUUGCGCCAUUCUUUGGCGCCAAGAUGGCGAUGGAGAUGAGGCUUCCCGUCGCUCGCAAGCCCCUUAGCGAGAGCUUGGACCGCGAUACUAAGAAACACCUGGUGGUUCCGGGGGACACGAUCACCACGGACACGGGAUUCAUGCGGGGCCAUGGAACUUACAUGGGGGAAGAGAAGCUCAUUGCAUCUGUGGCUGGCUCCGUGGAGAGGGUAAACAAGUUGAUCUGUGUGAAAGCCUUGAAAACCAGAUACAAUGGUGAAGUAGGAGACAUUGUAGUGGGGAGAAUCACAGAGGUUCAACAGAAGAGGUGGAAGGUAGAGACCAACUCUAGGCUGGAUUCAGUCUUGCUUCUCUCAUCUAUGAACCUUCCUGGAGGAGAGCUGAGGAGAAGAUCUGCGGAAGAUGAGCUGGCCAUGAGAGGUUUCUUGCAGGAAGGGGACCUUAUCAGUGCGGAAGUCCAGGCAGUGUUCUCUGAUGGAGCGGUGUCUCUGCACACAAGGAGUCUGAAAUACGGAAAACUAGGUCAGGGGGUUCUGGUCCAGGUGUCCCCCUCCCUGGUGAAGCGGCAGAAGACUCACUUCCAUGACCUGCCGUGUGGUGCGUCGGUGAUUCUGGGCACCAACGGCUUCAUCUGGAUCUACCCGACGCCUGGCCACAAAGAAGAGGAUGCAGGGGGCCUCACUGCAAACCUGGAGCCUGUCUCCCUCACUGACCGAGAGGUGAUCUCCCGGCUUCGGAACUGCAUCGUCUCGCUGGUCACUCAGAGGAUGAUGUUGUACGAUACCAGUAUCCUGUAUUGCUAUGAGGCGUCCCUUCCGCAUCAGAUCAAAGACAUCUUAAAGCCAGAAGUAAUGGAGGAAAUAGUGAUGGAAACGCGCCAGAGGCUUUUAGAACAGGAGGGAUGAAGAGAGGCCUCUGAAGGACAGGACUGCGUGUACCUGAGUGGAGCAGUUCUUGAAACUGAAGAAGCUGAUUUGUGGUCCCCAAGUGUGGCUCAGCGGAGAACCGUGAAACUCAUUCCUUAACCCACACUGGGCCGCCUCCGGCCCAAAGGGCUGCUCUCUCUUGUUCUCAGGCAAAGCCUGGGGAAUGUACUGCCAGUCCCUUAGGUUGCCUGCAGAGUCCGGCACUAGGGUGGUUUCGAGCCUUUAAAAGCACGUGGGGUUCCAGCCAAGUGGCCUCCCAUCCUCGAAUAAUACGGAGAAUCUCUUGUCUUCUACUCACCAUCAGUUCACAAGGCACAAAGCCCCCAUGAAACUGCCCCUAUAAACAACACAGCCUCCCUGACCCCCAGAUUGUCCGUUUUGGCCUCUAUUUCCACCUCUGCAGCACAAGUACGACAUUGAAGAAUAUAGUUAGUGACGUCAACCCGGCAGUCGAAUAGAAGAAUAAAGUUAACCAAGCAGCCUUUUGCUUGGCUGGAAUGUUCUUUCCCAUUGCAUGAUCCUUCUGGUGAUAGAUGCGAGUACAUCUGUAGCAGGCUGCCUUAAUCUGUCCUGCCUUUAGGGUGGUUUGUAAGAAGUUGAAUUAUCGAUAAUGGAAUGAAUGCUCUGGGUGCUGUGAGGAACAUGGAAACAAAUGCAGGUGGGAAAAGAAAAGCUGUCUUCAUCCUGUAGCUGAAGUAGUAAUGCAUUAACUUUGGCAUAAUUCAGGGCGAAAAACAAGAGGCUGGAAUUCUCACUGAGGAAUGCUAGAAUUCCCAUGCAUCGGUUUUCCUAAUGACUAUCUAAAGAGGGCACUUGGAUUCAGGUUUGGGGAAACAUUUUUUUUAAAAGCCCUCUCUUUAUAAAGUGCUAUUUUAUUUCACAUAUGUAGUGAACUAUUUUUAUAUAUUUAUAAAUGUGUUGACAUCA